AUGUUGCGAAGAAGAAAAAUAAAUCUCAGUACAGUUAAACAAUUAGAUGCUUUUCCAAAAAUUCCUGAACAUUAUACUAAACAAUCUGCUGUUGGAGGAACCUUUUCAGUGGUUAGCUUCUGCAUUAUUGUAUAUCUGAUCUUUGCCGAAACAUUGUACUACUUAGAGAGCAGACUGAAAUUUCAGUUUGUACCAGAUACAGAAAUUAGUGGAAAAUUAAAGAUAAACAUUGAUAUAACAAUAGCUAUGCCAUGUGGACGUAUUGGUGCAGAUGUACUGGACUCCACAAAUCAAAAUUUAGUCAGUUUUGAGGUUCUUGAAGAAGAAGAUACAUGGUGGGAUUUGACUCACGAACAGCGUCAACAUUUUGAUGCUCUAAAGCUUAUGAACUCUUAUUUCCGAGAGGAAUAUCACGCAAUACACGAAUUGUUGUGGAAGUCAAAUAAGAUUGCACUCUACAGUGAAAUGCCAAAAAGGACCUGGGAACCAGAUUACCCUCCUGAUGCUUGCCGGGUCUACGGAAGUUUAAAUAUUAACAAAGUAUCCGGAAAUUUUCACAUCACAGCUGGAAAAUCACUCUCGCUGCCUAGCGGCCACAUACACAUUUCUGCGUUCAUUACAGACCAAGAGUACAAUUUCACUCAUAGAAUAAAUAGAUUUUCAUUUGGCGAAUCUAGUCCGGGCAUUAUUCAUCCACUCGAGGGAGAAGAAAAAAUCACUGACGAAAGUACAAUGUUGUAUCAGUAUUUUAUAGAAGUAGUACCGACUGACAUUGAUAUGUUACUUCGCAAAACGAAAACCUAUCAGUAUAGCGUAAAAGACCACCAAAGACCGAUAAAUCAUCAUAAGGGAUCUCAUGGGAUUCCUGGAAUAUUUUUUAAAUAUGAUACAAGCGCUCUGAAAAUUAAAGUUUAUCAACAAAGAGACUCUUUGUGUCAGUUUAUGAUAAAACUUUGCGCUUCAGUUGGUGGCAUAUAUGUAACGAGUGGUCUGAUUAAUAAUAUAGUGCAGCUGUUUUGGGACCUAGUUUUUUGUAAAAAAAUACAAAAACCAGAAAAACCACAACAAAAAUUGAAGGACAAAUCAGCGUCUUCUACGGCAAAGAGCGAUAGUGGGUCUAAAACCAUUAAUUUGUUGAAUGUUGAUACACCGGAUGUCAGUAUUGUUUUGAAACCUCAAUAAUAAUAUUGAAUUUUAUCAAUUA